GGAGGUUGUUUGUGCUGGAGUAAAUCGACUAGUAAAUCAUACCUAGAAUGAAUAUUUAACUGUUUCGACUCCACAAGCAAAAGAUCAGAGGGGAAAAAAGAAAAAAAGAAAGCCUACUCUCGACGAGGAUGGGAUUCGAACCCACGCGUGCAGAGCACAAUGGAUUAGCAGUCCAUCGCCUUAACCACUCGGCCACCUCGUCCCCGAAGCAUACUUCUUCCUGGUAGCUAUAGGGAGUAACACUAGGGGGAUGUGACGCAACCUGAUGGAAGCCGCCAUUUUGUACGGAAGCAAAGACUCGAUCAUUUUUAUAGCAAGAAAUCAAAAGAAGAUGGCCGCUCCCAUGAUGUGUGGGAUGAAGAGGGAGGGACAAAGAAAAUUUCAGUAGAAAAUUAGAUUACCUUGAAGGAAGUAAAAUUGGCACACAGGCUGAGAAGGAAGUUUGAUUAAAGGAGCCUUAGGAGGGCUCUGGAGUCUAAGGGGCGGAGCCGACGCAAUGAGCGGCUCUGCGCAUGCGCUUCAGCUAGGCGGUUACAUUUGAAUGCUUCACUGAGGUAGUCGGACGUUGUGAGUUGACGUCGAGGAGUGGCGGCGAGCUGCCUCUCUGAGAAGCGUGUGGACCCCAAACAAGUCUGAGAAGAAUUUGUGAAGCCUUUGGGACGUGGCGGAAAAAGUUUUUCUUCAGAAAUGGAUGGAGUGUCUUCAGAUGCUAAUGAAGAAAAUGACAAUAUAGAGAGACCUGUUAGAAGACGACAUUCCUCAAUUUUGAAACCCCCAAGGAGUCCUCUUCAAGACCUCAGAGGUGGGAAUGAAACUGUUCAGGAAUCCAAUGCUUUGAGAAAUAAGAAAAAUUCUCGUCGAGUCAGCUUUGCAGAUACUAUAAAGGUAUUCCAGACAGAAUCUCAUAUGAAAACAGUGAGAAAGUCAGAAGUUACAGAAACAGAAGCAGGAGGAAAUGUUCUGUUUAUACAGAAUGAGAAUCCAGAAGAUAACUGCUGUGAGAUUACUGGAAUGAACACGUUGCUUUGUGCUCCCAUUCAAACCCAGAUGCAACAGAGAGAGAUUUCAAUUACAGAACACAACCAUGAAAGGAAACAUUCAAAUGAACAGACAGUCAUCUUUUCAGAUGAAAAUCAGAUGGACCUGACAGCAAGUCACACCGUGAUGAUUACCAAAGGCCCUUUAGAUUGUACCAAAAGUGUAAAGUCCACCAAGAUAGAUACCACAUCAUUUCUGGCUAAGUUAAAUCUCCACACUGAGGAUUCAAGAAUGAAAAAAGAAUUAAAUUUUUCCAUGGAUCAAAACACUUCUUCAGAAAAGAAAAUAAAUUUCAAUGACUUUGUGAAAAGAUUGAAAACAGGAAAAUCAAAUGCUUCUUCUCCUUUCACAGGACCUGAUAAAGAAAAUUCUGAGAUACCUAUUCAUUCCAAAGAAUCAAAUAGGACCUCUUCUAUACAUCAAAUGCAUGUAUCUGUUAAUGUAGAUGAAAGUAGCAGUAAUAUGACUAGAAUCUUCAGAGAACAAGAUGAUGGGAUGAAUUUUACCCAGUGUCAUACAGCCAAUAUUCAGACUUUGGUUCCCACAUCUAGUGAGUCCAGCUUAAGGAAAUUUAAAGCUGAUGAUACUACAAUUUAUGGUGAUGACUUUAUGGACUUAACAAGUAACCAUACUACACAGAUGUUACCUUCAGCAGAUAAUCUGUCUGAAAUAGAAAAUCAAACUCAGAAUAUCAUGAUGGAUGUUUCAACAGGUUAUGGAACUAAAGCUCUGGGACAGAAGGCAAUCUUUAAGGAUAAACUGAAUGAUGCUUUUCAAGACCCUUCCUUAAACCCUAAAUGUGAAAUACAUGCUACCAGAAAUCAUAUUGCAGGGACAGAAACUCACACAGUCACACAGGCUUCUAACCAAGAUAUCAGAACAUUGGCCAGGAUCCCAGAAUUUAUUUGUUCCAGUUCAGCUAUUCAAGAGUGUAAAACAGUUUUCUAUUCUAGUUGUAACGAUGCCAUGGAACUGACCAAGUGUUUCUCAAGUAUGAGAGAGGAGAAAAAUUUGCUAAAGCAUGACACUGAUUAUUCUAAAAUGUAUCCCAAUCCAGAUGCCAUCUCUCUUCUCAGAGAGAAAACUAUUUAUUCAGGAGAGGAUAGCAUGGACAUUACUAAGAGCCAUACAGUUGCAAUAGAUAAUCAGAUUUUUAAACAAGAUCAGGCAAAUGUACAGAUAGCAGCUGCACCAGUAUCUGAAAAAGAAAUGAUGCUCCAAAAGCACGUAAUUGUGUCAGAGGUUGAGGAAAUGAACAUAAAUUAUAGCUCGGUUCCACAUGCAUCUAAGGAAAGAUUACAGCAGAGCCUGGAAAAUCCUUUAUUUAUUUCAUUGACUGACAAAAAGACUGAACUCUUCACAGAUGAAGAUAUGGAUUUGACUAAAAGUCCCACAGCUAACUUAAGAAGUCAGUCUCCUCUUGCAUCUUACAGUCUAGCAUCUGAGAAUAUUACUAAAUCUCACUCUCACAGCAAAAGCCCUUCAGAUGAAUGGAAAGAAAUGACCAAAGGUCAUAUUGAACUGACCCAACAACCAAACGUAAUAUCUAAAAACAUCCCAACUGACACCUUGGACAAAGAAAAAGAUCAAAUUUUGAAGAUUUCUUCCCAUCUUGAUAAAGAUUCUCCUCAGUCACCUGAUACUAACAAGGACAUAGCAACAAGCCACGGUAUAGUAUACUCUGGUGGAGAUCUUGAUAAACAACUACCACUGAGAAACAGUAGAAAUACAGUUUCUUGUGAACAAUCUUUGUUUCCUACUACAAAGCCAUUAUUUUCAUCAGAAGAACAAUAUGCCAUGAAAAGUCAUAUUGCUGUUAACAAUCAAACAGUGAAAUCUGUACCAGGCCAGAAUUCUAAACUAGUUGAGCCACUAAGGAAAAGUUCAGGCAAUCCCAGGCCCGACUGUUCUCAUGACAAGGUAAUUGUUUGUUCCGAGGAGGAGCAAAAUAUGGAUCUAACCAAGAGUCACACUGUUGUCAUUGGAUUUGGUACUUCUGAAGUACUAGAACUGGGUAAGACUAAUUUAGAAAACGGUAACAGCCAGCUAACAACAGUAAACAGACAAAUAGCCAUAAAAGCUGAAAAAUGUAAUGAAAGUCCUAUAGAAAAAACUGGAGUAUUUACUUCUAAUGAUAUUAUGGAUGUGUUGGAGGACAAAAGUGUACAGAAAACUAGUAUUCUAAGUGAAAAGCAAGAUGUUAAAAUUUGUGGAAGGAAAAGUGUUGGCAGACUAAAAAUUGAUAAGACUAUUGUAUUUUCAGAGGGAGAUGAGAAUGAUAUGGAUAUCACCAAGAGUUAUACAGUGGAGAUAAAUCAUAGACCUUUAUUAGAUGAACAUGAUUCCCAUUCGAUGCCUUUGGCAAGAAGUUCUAAAACUCUUUUGUAUACAUGUGGGCAGGAUGACAUGGAGGUCACCAGAAGUCACACAACUGCCAUAGAAUGUAAAACUGUCUCACCAGAUAAAAGAACCACUAGGCCUGUGGACAAAACUGUAAUGUUUAUAGAUAAUCAUGAGGAACUAGAAAUGACAAAGUCCUACACCGUUUUCAUUGACUACCAAGCAAAGGAGAGAACUCUGCUUCUAGACAAACCUAACUUUGAACUAUUCAAAAGAAAAAGCUCAGAAAAAUCAAAAGUGACACCGACUCCUGCUGAGGAAAGUGUUUUCUUUCCAGAGAAUAGUGAAAAAGUCAGCCAGCUAACACCACCUGGGGAAUGGUCUAAUAAUGAUCCUUUGGAGAAAGCUGUAGCAUUUGUAACUGGUGAUAAUGUGGAAGUGUCUAAAUCAACCAUUUGUAAAAAUGAUAAAAAUGUACAAAAGCCUGGGUUUCUGAAUGAAACUCUAUCAGGCAAAAGUCACAGAAGGAAAAGCCUUAGACUCAAAAAUGACAAGACCAUUGCAUUUUCAAAGAAUGAUAAAAAUGAUACGGAUAUCAUCCAGAGUUGUACAGUGGAAAUAAAUAAUAAAAGUCCCCUGGAAAAUAGAGAGGACUCCCAUUUAGUGCCUUUAGAAGGAACUCCUAAAACUAUUUUGUAUACAUGUGGACAGGAUGAAAUGGAGCUCACCAGAAGUUACACAACUUCCUUAGAAUGUAAAACUGUCUCACCAGAUAAAAGAACCACUAGGCCUACGGAUAAAACUGUAAUGUUUGUAGAUAAUCACAGUGAGCUGGAAGUUACUAAGUCCCACACUGUUUUCAUUGAUUGUCAAACCACAGAGAAAAUACUUCAAGAGUGCCCUAAAUUUGGAAUAACAAAAGGAAAAAUCUUGGGUGUUUCUUUUCCUAAGGAUGGUAGCUCUGUUCAAGAAAUCACUAAAAAACAAGCACUGGCUGUAGAAAACGAAAUUGCUCUUCACACUGAGCAAAAGCAUUGUGUGACACCCUUUGUUCCUACUAAUGCGUUGUCUAGAGGUCAAGAUGAGACAGAAAUCAAAUUCCAUAGCACUGCUGUGGAUGAAGAGGUCAUGAAAGUUGUAGACCAGGCCUGUACAUUGGAAAAAGCCAAAAUUGAAAGCUGUCACUUGAAUAGUACAGAUAGAAGAAAUGUGGACUUUACAAACACUCCUGCAGCUGCUAGUUGUGGAUCCAGUGAUAAUUAUUCCUGUUUACCUAAUGUUAUUUCCUUUUUUGAUAAUUUGGAGGGGAAUAUCAUGUCCUCAUGUGAUAAAGAUGUAAAAGCCAGUCAUUGCCCAGUGCAAAAUGAUCUUACUUAUGCAAAAGAUUUAGCCAGUAAAUAUUACUUGAAAUCUGAGGGACUGCCUCUCUCUGCUCCUUGUUCUUUGUUAGAGAAUGAAAAAGUUGUUCAAUCCAACACCCAAGGACAGUUAGACAGUGUCACAACAGUGCCCAAAGAUCAAGAUCUGAUUAAGGAACCCCAAAACCUAUUAGCUAAUGAAACUUUCAUAUGUGGUGAAGAUGUGGGGGAAAUGACUAAAUUUAACUCAAAACAAGUAUCUUUUAAGCUUCCAAAGAAUCAGAUGGAGGCCUUUGUUGAUAAUGUGGAACAUAGUUUAAAGAAGACCUUUGUUGGUAAUGUUUGUGUUGCUUCUCAGCAUCAUCUGUCAACUCGGCUACCACCAUUACCUCAACAAGGGCAGAAUAUUGUCAAUAAAGAUGAAGCAGUAUUGUCUAAAGAUGGAAAUAAGAAUUUAAAUAUUAGAGGAAAUUCCUCUGUACCCACAUGUGAAAAUGAGUCUGAAAUGCUCAAUGAGAAACAGUUUACCAUAGCCUGUAAAAAAGAACUGAAGAAAAAUAUUGAAACAGCUAAAUGUAACACAGCUAUAGAUUUCCACAGUAAUUCAGACUUGACUAAGCAGCUUAUUCAAACUCAUAUCAAUCCUAGAGAAGUAUCAGAUUCUAUAAUUUCAUCCAAUGCUGCAACUUUCAGUAGUGUCAAACCAACUCUGAAUAGUUUGAAUGAGAAAACUGAAGAAUUUUUAGAUUUCCAACCUGUUCGUACACCACCUUCUCCAAAACAAUUACGUGACUUAGUAAAUAAGGCACACAGUGAUACAAGUAUAAUGCAAGCCACAGAAAUAGAUAAUAUUAACAUAGUGUCUAGCAAUGUUAAAGAUGAUAGAGAUGAAGAAAAUAAAGUUUCUCACAGUGGAGCUGAAACCAACUCUGUACCGUUAAUGACAGUUGUAAAAGAUAAAGUAAGGAGAUGUUCUUUGGGAAUAUUUUUGCCCAGAUUGCCAAAUAGGAGAAAUUGUAGUGUCACUGGUACUCAUGAUCUGAAACAGAGUCCAGCAGACUCUACUGAUUUAAGUCGUUUAGAAACUCAGGCAGUCUCCAGUAAGGAUUCAGGCAUUGGAUUUGUUGUAGCUAAACUGAACUUAAGUCCAUCUCAGUAUAUAAAUGAGGAAAAUCUUCCUAUAUAUCCUGGUGAGAUUAAUUCCUCAGACUCAAUUAGCAUAGAUACUGAGGAAAAGGCUUUGACUGAACCAUGCCAAAAAGAGAUUUCACCAUACGAAAAUAAAAUGGAAGAAACCUGCAAUAACCAAAAAAGAACCUGGGUACAAGAAGAAGAUGAUGAUAUUCAGAAUGAGAAGAAAAUCAGAAAAAGUGAGAUUAGGUUUAGUGGUGCUGCACAAGAUCAGGAGAUUUUUGAUCACCAUGAUGAAGGGGACAUAGAUAAAAAUGCUGACAGUGUAUUGAUAAAAAGCCUAAGCAGGACCCCAUCUAGUUGCAGCAGUUCUCUGGAUUCGAUCAAGGCUGAUGGGACCUCUCUGGACUUUAGCACGCACCCUAAUAGUCAAAUGGAAUCACAGUUUCUCGGAGACACCAUUUGUGAAGAGAGCUUGAAGGAGAAACUCAAAGAUGGAAGAAUAACAAUAAAGGAGUUCUUUAUACUUCUUCAGGUCCACAUUCUGAUACAGAAACCCCGACAGAGCAAUCUCCCGGCCAAAUUUACUAUAAACACACCACCUACUCCAGAAGACCUGAUGUUAAGUCAGUAUGUUUACCGACCCAAGGUACAGAUUUAUAGAGAAGAUUGUGAAGCUCUUCGCCAGAAGAUUGAUGAAUUAAAGCUUUCUGCACUGAAUCAAGAUAAACUGUUGACUGAUGUAAAUAGGAACCUCUGGGAAAAAAUGAGACACUGCUCUGAUGAGGAGCUAAAGGCCUUUGGAAUUCAUCUGAACAAAAUAAAAUCACGUUUUACCAAGAUGACUAAAGUCUUCACUCACCAAGGAAAAGUGGCUCUAUACAGCAAGCUGGUGCAGUCAGCUCAGAAUGAGAGGGAGAAACUUCAAAUAAGGAUAGAUGAGAUGGACAACAUACUUAAGAAGAUUGAUAACUGUCUCACUGAGGUGGAAAUAGAAGCUAAGAAUUUGGGGGAUGAAGAGACGGACAAUCCUAUGGAAGAAUGGGAUUCUGAAAUGAGAGCUGCAGAGAAAGAACUGGAACAGCUGAAAACUGAGGAAGAAAAGCUUCAAAGAAAUCUCUUAGAACUGGAGGUACAGAAAGAGCAGACCCUUGCUCAAAUAGACUUUGUGCAAAAACAAACAAAUAGAACUGAAGAGCUACUGGAUCAGUUGAGCUUGUCUGAAUGGGAUGUCAUUGAGUGGAGUGAUGAUCAAGCUGUAUUCACCUUUCUUUAUGAUACAGUAGAACUUACCAUCACCUUUGGAGAACCAGUAGUUGGUCUCCCUUUCCUGAACAAGGCCUAUAGGAAGAUUGUUGACCUGAAUUUCCAGUCUCUAUUAGAUGAGGAUAAAGCUCCUCCUUCCUCCCUUUUAGUUCAUAACCUUAUUUUCCAGUACAUUGAGCAACAGGAAUUCUGGAAAAAGAAAUGUACAACACAGCACCAGGUACCCAAGAUGCUUCAAGAAAUCUCACUGGUAGUGAGCCAUUGCAAACUCCUUGGGGAGGAGAUUGAAUUUUUAAAGCGAUGGGGACCAAAUUAUAACCUAAUGAACAUAGAUGUGAAUAAUACCGAAUUGAAACUUUUAUUCUCCAGCUCUGCAGCAUUUGCAAAGUUUGAGAUAACUUUGUUUCUCUCAGCCCAUUAUCCAUCUGUCCCAUUACCUUUCUCUAUUCAAAAACACCUUGGAAACAUUGGCCAAGAUGAAAUCACUGCCAGUCUAUCUAAAGUGCCACUGGAAGACAACUACCUAAAGAAUGUAGUCAAGCAAAUUUACCGAGAUCUGCUUAAGGACUGACUACCUUUCUACCACUAGACCCAUGGACUACAGUGCAUAGUACACUUAGUAUUAUGUCAGAGUCUCCAUCGCUAUUUAAUCUUUAUCUUUAGGUCAUAGAAGCCUAGUAAAAUUCUUUCUGAUGACGUUAUAGUUAAUUUAUAUGGUACAUUUUUAAAUUUCUACAGCCAGGAAUGAUGAAAGGCCUCAAAUAGCCUGCUGUCAACUUGUUCAUCUUUCUACCAAAGGUUUAAGUAGUAGAACACUUAGGGAAAAUUUCUCCUAACUAAAGUGGUGCUCUCUGCUUUAGUAUAAGUCCUAAGGAGUAACUUUCAAGUGUAAGAGGAGGUGUUACCACUGACAAAAACAUUAGCCAUUUUCCCAUAUAAAGGGCUAUGAUUUUUAGGUUGUUCACUUCUGCCUACCAGGUAUUUCUGGGGUAGACAUCGCUAUCUACAAACUGCUCAUCCUUUUUCUCCAUUCCUGAAAUGUUAUUAAGAGAAAGCAAUAGAACUCAGCUAUUGGAAUGGUUGCCAUCUUUUCUUGAGUGGUUCCUUUAUUAUAUAGUGUCUAUUAGUAUUUUCAUAAUUAUAAUUUUGUAGGGAAAGUUAAUUCAUUUUUGGCCCAAUACAUAUAUGUAAAUAUAUUAAUAUUGUUUUUGUGUCUGUGAUGUAGUAAGGAGAUAUAUAUAUAGAAAUACAUAGAGAUGUAUGGAGAGAUACCCUUCUGCCCGGGCAGUUUUAGCAAGAUUCUCAAUCUCCUUUUAUAAUGAACUUCAAACAAUAUCACACCCAAAACACCAGUUUUGUCAAGUUCUGGCAAUGGUAAUGAACUUAAUGUAAGUAUUGGUUUCUCAAGCCAUACCCUUCUCAUACACAAAAAUAAGCAUAUCCAUUGAUAUUGAAUGAUCAGUAUUAUCUGUAAGA